GGAUCUGCUUUCAGCAUGAGGCAGCCAGCCCUCCCUCUUAUCCUCUUUUCUCUCUCUGUCUCUCGCUCUCUCGCUGUGUGUGUGUGCUGAACUGAAACUUACUCAGUCUCGAAGAAGAGGAGUGCCCGAUAGUGACGGACACCGUAGCGAAGGACGUCACAGCAGCGAGGAAGAGGCGCCGAGGGCAGGAGCAGUAGCGAUAUCGAAUGGCUUAGCUUCUGCCAGGGAGGGAAGAGAGGGGGUUUACCUCUCUGGGGAGAGGCUUUCCCUCAGCAGGACUCAACCUGCUUCUGUUCUCCUCUUCUUCUUUUUCUCCUUCAGUUCUUUCCACAAAGGAGAGAGGAAGAGCUUUUGUCACCGCUCUUCUCUUUUGGUUUGUUUUAUAUCGGCUUUGAGGGGGAACAGGAACGAGACGCAGUGGAGUUGCACAGAGGGGAGCUACGCUACUGUUACCUCUAACACAGAAGACAUUCAGUCUGUGCUUGAACAGGAACAGGAACAGGCGUGUCUUCGUUGGCCCCUUUUGAAGGCGGCUUUGUGGCGUGAGCCUGCAACAGGAGUGCAUCAUCACCACUCCCUGUGGUUCCCCUGGUUACUGCACUGAAAAUCUGCUUUGAUGAGGUAACGCCGGGGCGACGGAGGACCAAACCGACCCAAACUAACAGCUUCCUCCUCCCCCCUUUCCACUCCCCCUUUCUCACCGCCACCAUGGGCCAGAAAAUCUCUGGCGGCAUCAAGUCAGUGGACAGUCGCGGCGAGGGCGGCUCACCCUCAUUCCGUCCCUCGGCCCACCGCCGGCUCCUCCACCCCGAGCUGCGGGGCCCCGACUUCCACAAGCCACCACGGUUGGACCUACUUCUAGACAUGCCUGCCGCGCCUCCAGACCUACAGCUCCGCCAUGCCUGGAACCCAGAGGAUCGCUCGCUCAACGUCUUCAUCAAGGAGGAGGACAAACUGACCUUCCACCGCCACCCUGUAGCCCAGAGCACCGACUGCAUCCGCGGUCAAGUGGGCUACACGCGGGGACUUCACGUCUGGCGGAUCCACUGGCCAGUGAGACAGCGAGGAACACACGCCGUGGUGGGAGUUGCCACCGCUGACGCCCCCUUACACUCGGUCGGCUACAUGGCGCUAGUGGGCAGUGACUCAGAGUCCUGGGGGUGGGACUUGGGCAGGAACCGACUGUACCAUGACAGUAAGAACCGGGCCCAGGCUUCCCUACCUUCAUAUCCGUGUUUCUUAGAGCCCGAGGAGGCUUUCGUAUUGCCGGACGCUCUACUAGUGGUGUUGGAUAUGGACGAGGGCACGUUGAGUUUCACGGUGGACGGACAGUACCUGGGAGUGGCGUUCAGAGGCCUGAAGGGGAAGAAGCUGUACCCCAUCGUCAGCGCCGUGUGGGGCCACUGUGAGAUCAGCAUGAGAUACGUCAACGGACUGGAUCCGGAGCCCCUCCCCCUGAUGGACCUGUGUCGUCGGGCCGCCCGGGUCGCGUUGGGUCGAGAGCGCCUCCAGGAGAUAGAGACCCUGCCCUUACCACAGUCUCUCAAAAAUUACCUUCAGUACCAAUGACCAGAACCGUACCGCCUGACCAGACCCGUACCAAUGACCAGACCAGUACCGCACACCACCAACUGGGACCAUCCGGACAGAAACCAUGAUGAACUAAGUGUAAUGGAAGAACGAGAGGGGGGUUGAAUGAAUGCGGGCAGACAACGGAAGUGGAAUGUUUACACUGUGGGCUGUCGCUCUGCGAUUAAUGGAUGGACACUUGAGUUCAGAUUUUUGACGGGAGGAUGAUGGAUACUCGAGUAUCGGGGUUUUGACCCAUUUUGGACUUUUUUAAUGAUUGAUGGCUGUAGCUCUCCUCCAAUGAAGACCCUAUUUGACAGAAUGGUAUGGUCCACAGUCACUUUUAAGUAUGGCAAUAAGUGGUGGUUUUAGGAGGCUACCUGCUGGUUGGAGUGAGAACUGCGCCUAGAAAGCACACAAACUAUCCCGAGAGGCUUUUGAACUCAGAUCACUGCUACUGGGUACACUAUACUCAAGGUCUCCUACCAUGUCAGUCCAAUCAGCAGACAGACACAGGACAUUUCUACAGGGCUCAAAUGUGUCCAUUUUGAGUUCAACGGGCCUCGAGUCCACUGGUACCAUACAAUAUCUUCCCCGCUGUGUUAAAGGACCCAUUAAAGAACAAUGCCAGUCUAGACAAACCUAGUUUUUCUGGAUCUACAUCAAGUAAUGCAAGGGGAAACUGUAGUACACAACUACAUGAACAAUGGCACAGCAGCCAUUUGGGGAGGGGGGUGGGUUCAAGGAUGGUUAUGGAUGACCACACACACACCUAGCAAUCAUUUUUUUUCUCAAAAAGCUUGAGUCACUUUUGUUACUUCUAAGUUUGUACCCUAUAUUUUAUAGUGAGUGUGGAUUAUAAUUUUGAUGACGAUGAUGAUAUGAUGAAGAUGUUAUUUAUUUAUCAUGAGGUAGUUCCUUUUUAAAAUUGAUCAUGAUGGUUACGUUCAGGUAAAUAUACCACACCAAUAUGGGAGAUGAUGAUCAGCUCUGUCACCCUAAGGCUUUUCUUAACAGGAUGCUGCUUUUAUUAUUAUGAUCGCUGAUGGUUUUAAUCUAUCUGCCUGCUGGGAUGAGACACCCGGGUCAUACUGGGGCACACAGUGGAAUGUAUGGACAGUGAUGUCAUUAGCAGAUCUGAAAUGUGAAUAAAAGCAAAGUGAAU